AAGGCUUCGUUGAGUCAUAAAGCCCUUAUCUCAACUCUAUUCUCCCCUCACCAUCCACAUUUUUUCAAUUCUCAGUCAUGGAAGCUUGUCCAAUUCCAAUAACAACGUCAGUGCCGCCAUUAAUCUCAUCAGCGCCGACCAAAAACUCCCUCCCAUUUUCACUCCACCCUAGUCAAUCUCCAGCUUCUCUGGCAAACCUCACUCUUUCAGCAACCCGAAAAGGAUUCGGAUAUACCACCUCCCAGAAGAAAUCCAAAAGGUCCAAAAGGAAACCCAGGAAUGAAGAAGAAGAAGAAGAAGAGGAAGAAGAAGGGGUGAUUCCGGAGAUAGUGACGAAUCGGAUGAUUAGCAGAAUGGGUCUGACUGUCGGGAUCCCUUUGAUGGUAGGGCUGUUGUUCUUCCCAUUCUUUUACUACCUCAAGGUCGGGGUGAAGAUCGAUGUGCCGACUUGGAUUCCUUUCAUCGUCUCCUUUGUCUGCUUUGGGGCAGCCCUCUUCGGGGUCAGCUAUGGGGUAGUGUCCGCCAGUUGGGAUCCUUUCAGGGAGGGCUCUCUGCUGGGCUGGAAUGAAGCUCAGAAGAAUUGGCCUGUUUUCCGGCAGUCCAUCUGGGGUGGGUCCACAAAAAAUAAAAAUAAUUUGUAGCUGUGAUUUUUCUUUUUCUUCGCUAACUAAUUCUAUGUGUUUUGUGACUUGCAUAAAAUUGUGAAACCAAGAUAGUCCGUAUAGAAUUGUAAGGUCACUUGCAAUUAAAUCUUUUGAUAAGUAAGGUUUUUAUAAUUCUUGUCUAACAUUUUAUUCAUAAUAAUUCAAUUGUAUUCAACAUAUUUUAUUCUGCUAUGAGGCCAUGGCUGCGACCAUCUUCAACUGACUCCGAGAUGAAGAAACCAAAACUGGGAUCAUGGUGAUUAUCAAUGUGAGGCGGAAAGAUUUGAGACUUGGGAGUCCAUCGAUCGAACAACGAAUGCCAAAUCCGAAGAUGAAGAAUCUGACUAUAAUGAUGGUACCGAUAUUUUACCCCAAGAUUUCAAAGAUGAACUCUAUGUUGAAGUGUUGAACUCUGCAACUUGGUUCUUCCUUAUUACCUGGAUAAGCAUCCAGGAGAAUCUUAUGAGUUCAAGAGCAUGAGGGGUGGGGGGGUAUUGGUGGUUUGCUUGGUCAAGUGUGAAUUAUGAGCUGGUAUUUUGUGCUGAAAAUCUGAACAUGGAUGAUAAACGUGUACAAAGCUUUAGGGCCAGUGUUACUUGUCAUCAUCGGAAGGGGUCUGAAGUUACAGAAAUAAAGAAAUGUGUGCUACUCAAAGAUGGGGUUGAGCAUUUGAGGAAUGGGAUAAGUUUGGCCAUGCUAUGCCAGAACUUCUGCUUGAAGACCUUAAGAAAAGAGGAAUGGAAUAUGAAAAUGAGAUAAGUUUGGCGAUGCUAUGCCAGAAAUUCCGCUUGAAGACCUUAAGAAAAGAGGAAGGGAAUAUGAAAAUGCAGUUGAACUUUGCAGAUUGGCUCUUAAGGUUACCGAUCUAACCAUCCCGAAGAAUGUUAUGAGUUUGUGAGCCUGAAGAAGGUGAAACAUUGUCUUUCCCGAAGAAUGUUAUGAGUUUGUGAGCCGAAAUGCAACAAACUUUGCAGAUUGGCUCUUAAGGUUACCGAUCUAACCAUCCCGAAGAAUGUUAUGAGUUUGUGAGCCUGAAGAAGGUGAAACAUUGUCUUUCCCGAAGAAUGUUAUGAGUUUGUGAGCCUGAAGAAGAUGAAACAUUGUCUUUCCCGAAGAAUGUUAUGAGUUUGUGAGCCGAAAUGCAACAAACUUGCAUUUCUUGCCAAAAACAUGAGCCUUUAUGACAAUGCAACAAACAUUGCAGAUUGAAACAUUGAACUUUGCAGAUUGGCUCUUAAGGUUACCGAUCUAACCAUCCCGAAGAAUGUUAUGAGUUUGUGAGCCUGAAGAAGGUGAAACAUUGUCUUUCCCGAAGAAUGUUAUGAGUUUGUGAGCCUGAAGAAGAUGAAACAUUGUCUUUCCCGAAGAAUGUUAUGAGUUUGUGAGCCGAAAUGCAACAAGCUUGCAUUUCUUGCCAAAAACAUGAGCCUUUAUGACAAUCCUCCAGCAACCUUUCAAGCCUUGGGUUAUCACCUCGUGCUAUCUCUUGAAGCACAUGAGUAAGCACAUCAGUGCGAGACCCUUGGAGAGGGGCGGAGCCAGGGCUCAGGAUCAGUGCAAAUCGGAGUAAUAUUUAUGGAAAAGUUUUACACGAUAUUUUUUACACUAAAAAUAUGCACAUUUUUUAAAUUUGGGAUAGGUCGGGGCCUAGGUUGCCCCCUUAGGUACGCCCCUGCCCUUGGAUAGGGUUAUGGGAUGGUAACUUAUCUGUUGAAGUAAUUUACUCCGCAUGUUGUAACUUUCUCGUAUCUAUUCAUGUUGUAAUAUGUCUACCAACAGUACUAAGUAGUACUGAACACCUUAAUCCACGAACACCUUGUGUGGUUAUCUUAUGUUUGACUGCCUUUAUUGUAUGCAUGUCGGAUGUAUGAUGCCUAAAAAAGGCAUGGUUAAAGUAAAAUGUAUUAGUUGUGUAGUAUUCAAAGUCUUUAAUUAUUAAAGAACGGAAAAAUUAUUAGAGCAUGUUCAAUUGUUUGCU